AUGGAAAACCAAGUUAACAAUAGCCUAAGUGAUGAUGAAAUUCAAUAGAACUUCGGAAACAUUCAAUUGCUCAAUUACAAAAAAAUUUCAGAGCCUGCUACCUUAUUUGUUUAAGGGAAAGAGUAUUUCUAACAAUACCACAAAUUCCUAACAGGAUACACACUACUAAAAUUUGUAGCGGCAUUUGUUAUCGUAUAUUAAGCAUUAACAAAAUAGAUUAUAUUGAGACUAACAUUAUUCGCUGACGAAUAGCCCUUCAAAGAUUACAACUAUCUUUUUGAUGUCGCUUACUUAGAAAUAUGGAUGUACCUAUCACUUUCACAUAGUUUCUUUGGAUUCAUCUAUUACAUUAAAUUACUACUACUCAUUGAUAACUCAAUGUAAUCUCAAAGAGCAGCUAAGGAUUUGGGAUACUUGAUAGAGUUUUAUAUUCCAAACAACUUUUCAGGUCAAUAAAUGGAAAACUACAUCGAAGAACAACUGAAAACAUAAAAUCGAGAAAUACUUAUACGAUAAGGAAUAACUGGUUAGCAGGAUGACUAAAGAAGAAUAACUUAAAUUGGGAGUGAAAUAAAAAAAAAACUAUUGAAAAAUAAUUUGUGUUUAAAUCUACAUGGAAAAACCUGUUUUAUUGCUUUCUAAUUAAUCCAAUUGUGGAGUAUUCUCUUUUAUUUCCAAUCUCAAACUAAUAACGAUGAGAUUCAAACCUAUACAUUUAUCACAAUGUACAAAGGAUACAUAUUCUCAGUUAUUUUUAUUGGAGUGUAUCAAUACUUAGAAAUUUACAUCACCGUGUUGUUAGUAAUUAUUUUUUUGCCAAUUCUUCUAAUUUACAGUUUAUGCAUUUGGUUCAAUAAGCACUUUAAUAGGAGAAAUUAAAAUACAAAAAUUGAUGACUCCUUAAACGAAGCCUUAUUCAGUUCUUUAGAUAACGUAGAUGACAGAGAGUGUUCAAUAUGUAUGACUCAAUUUUAAGAUUCAGAAUACAUAGUCACACUCCCUUGUUCAUCUACUCACAGAUUUCAUUCCCCUUGCAUAAGAUCUUGGCUCUAGGUCAAUAAUAAAUGUCCUUUGUGUAGAAGUGAAGUAAACAUUUCCUCAGAGGACAUCUUAUGA